CUGCUCUUCACCGGGCACCGACGAGGCGUGGUCAACGUAAGAUCCCUAGGACAACGACCCGGAAGUAUUCCGGUGCUAAUGCUACUGGCUUUUAGAUUUGGAGCAAAAUCACCCAGCACGGACGGUUUGAGCUGGAGUUGAUCCGGCAACUUCAUCACGUGGACAGCCUCCGCGAUAACGGCGCCAAUAUCUCAGCGGGAAUCAGCUGCAUCCUUCCCCAACCGCACGUUGUGUAUACCGGCGACGAAGGGGGACGAGUGUAUGAAUGGAGUUGUGUGCAGCGCCGGUGAGCAUCACCUUUGUCUAGCUAUUACAGCGGAGAACACGACUCCGCGGAGUGCCCCGGAUGGAAACUGCGGAGGUCUGGCCAUCUUCGCCGCGUUCCUUUUUCCGCGCCGAGCUCCACGAACGAACGGCUCAAUGCAUGACGGUGCCACACAAUUCUGUAUCCCGGAGCACUCUCGUCCUGUAUCAAGCCUGUCUGCUAUUAUUAUUGUUCAUUCUGCUUGUUCCUUCCCCGCGGGUGGACCAGCAUGGAUGCUAUAGCAACCCGUCUGUUGUGGAGGGGCAGUGCGGAGGAUCCGGGCUACUGUUACAUAGUCGCUAUAGUAUGUACUUAGAGGGGGUGAUGGGGGUGGCGGUUAGAAUAGAUCGAAUGGGAAGCAGCAUCGUAGACACGGUUCAUUUGAAGAAAAGACGCAGCUGUAUGGUGGGACUCCACCGGAGGGACUGGUGCCUCAGGGGAACACCCACGGAAGAGGGGGAAGCUCCGGUGAAGCAAAAAGGGCUCCCUGUGGGCGGUGAUUAGCCGGUGGGGUGGACCACGCCGCUGGGGGGGGUCUGCCGGAGCACUCUGGGCCGACCACGCUUCGGACCACGAGGGGGACACGACGGGGCGGGAGAAGACGAUG